GGCUGGAGCUGGUGGGGCUGAGGGUCCUGGUUCAGGACGGGGAGGGGCACUGCCCAAGGCAGGGGUGUCUCCAGGGAGUAAGAGUGGCCCAGGAGAUGGUGAUUUCCUGGAUGCUGCAGCUGAGCCUGUCCUGGCUGGGCCUGGGGCCGCUGGCAGUCUCCCCAUGGCAGCUCCUGCUACUGGUGGGGGCCUCCUGGCUCCUGGCCCGCUUCCUGGCCUGGACAUACACCUUCUAUGACAACUGCUGCCGCCUCCGAUGUUUCCCGCAGCCCCCAAAGCGGAACUGGUUUUGGGGUCACCUGGGCAUGGUGACGAUCAAUGAGGAGGGCUUACGUCUGUUGGAGCAUCUGGGCCGCCACUUCCUUGAUGUCCAACUCUGGUGGAUUGGGCCCUUCUAUCCUGUCCUGCGGCUCGUCCACCCUAAGUUUGUUGCCCCCGUGCUCCAGGCCUCAGCUACCAUUGCACCCAAGGACAUGUUUUUGUACAACUUCAUAAAGCCCUGGCUGGGGGACGGGCUCCUGCUAAGUGCUGGUGACAAGUGGAGGCACCACCGCCACAUGCUGACGCCCGCCUUCCACUUUGAAAUCUUGAAGCCUUAUAUGAAGAUUUUCAACAAGAGUGCAGACAUCAUGCAUGCCAAGUGGCAACGCCUGGCCUCAGAGGGCAGCGCCUGUCUGGACAUGUUUGAACACAUCAGCCUCAUGACCCUGGACAGUCUGCAGAAAUGCGUCUUCAGUUUCGACAGCAAUUGCCAGGAGAAUGCUAGUGAAUAUAUUGCUGCCAUCUUGGAGCUCAGUGCCCUCAUGACUAAACGGGUCCAGCAGAUCUUCCUGUACAUGGAUUUUCUAUACCACCUCACUCUUGAUGGGUGGCGCUUCCGUAGGGCUUGUAGACUUGUGCAUGACUUCACAGAUGCCGUCAUCCAGGAGCGGCGUCGCACUCUCCUUAGUCAGGGUUCCCAUGACUUCCUCAAGGCCAAGGCAAAGACCAAGACUUUGGACUUCAUUGAUGUGCUCCUGCUGGCCAAGGAUGAAGAUGGGAAGAAACUGUCAGAUGAGGACAUUCGAGCUGAGGCUGACACCUUCAUGUUUGAGGGCCAUGACACCACGGCCAGCGGCCUCUCCUGGGUCCUGUACAACCUCGCGAAACACCCAGAAUACCAGGAGCGCUGCCGGCAGGAGGUGCAGGAGCUCCUGAGGGACCGCGAGCCUAAAGAGAUUGAAUGGGACGACCUGACCCAGUUGCCCUUCAUGACCAUGUGCAUCAAGGAGAGUCUGCGCUUGCACCCCCCGGUGACGGUCAUCUCCCGCCGCUGUACCCAGGACAUUAGGCUCCCUGAUGGCCGGGUCAUCCCCAAAGGGAACACCUGUAUCAUCAGCAUCUUUGGGGUUCACCACAACCCGUCUGUCUGGCCAAACCCUGAGGUGUACAACCCCUUCCGCUUUGACCCAGAAACCUCCCAGAAGAGAUCACCUCUGGCUUUUAUUCCUUUUUCAGCGGGGCCCAGGAACUGCAUCGGGCAGACCUUCGCCAUGACCGAGAUGAAGGUGGUCCUGGCGCUCACCCUGCUGCGCUUCCGCGUCCUGCCGGAUGCGGCGGAGCCGCGCAGGAAGCCGGAGCUGAUCCUGCGGGCGGAGGGCGGGCUUUGGCUGCGGGUGGAGCCGCUGAGCGCCGGCCCUCAGUGACCCUCGGCUGCCGGCCCUGCGACCCACCCUGACCUAACUACCUCCCUUUGCAGGUUCCCGGGGAAAAAGAAAGUGUGCUGUAACCUCUGUCCCAGCUUCCCCAGGAGGCAGCAGGGUUUGCUUGGGGCCUGCGGGCCCGAGGGAGUGCGCGUGGUGGACGUGGGGUCUGGUGUUUCUGAGCCCUAGACCCUGACUGCCUUUCCUGCUGACCACCGGGGCGCCCACUUUGAUUUCAGGUUCUCGCAGAGCCCAAGCAUGGAUUUUAUCCUGCGGGCAAUGGGGAACCAUGGGAGAUGUUUGAGCAGGAGAGGGACCAAAUGGUGGCUAUUUGGGAAACAAUCCAAAUAUCCGUUAGCACAGGAAUGGAUAAACAGAAUGUGGUAUAUCCACAACAGGGAAUAUUACUGGGUCAUAAAAAGGAAUGAGGCAGGGAUACAUGUUACAACGUGGAUGAUCUUUGAAAACAUUGUUAAGUGAAAGAAGCCAGUCAACAAGGUCACAUAUUAUAUGAUUCCAUUUAUGGGAAAUGUUCAUAACAGGCAAAUCCACAGAGACUGAAAGCAGUCUGGUGGUUGUCAGGGGCUGGGGGAGGGAGAUGGGGAGUGAGAGCUAAUGGAGACGGGGGUUUCCUUUUUGGGUGAUGAAAAUGUCUUGGAACUAGACAGAGGUGGUGGUUGUAUGACACUGUGAAUGUACUGAGUUAUACACUUUAUAAUAGUUAAAAUGGUACCUUUUAUGUUAUGUGCAUUUUGCCUCAAACAAAAAGGCUAUUUUAUUAUGCAUAUCUUUAUUAAUCUGGGUUUUUCAUAUAAUAAUAUGUUGUGAACAUCUUUCCAUGCCAUUAACUCAUCUUUCCAUGAUACAAAAACGUCAUUUUGGGGUCUUUAAAAUCCUUAAAUGUUAAGUAUUAAAGCCACUCUAUUUUUUUAAUGACAUUAUGUUAGAAAAUAAUUUAAAAGUUUGUCUCACUUUGUGCUUUCUCUUCAUGUACAUUGAUGGUUGGAGAUACCGCUAUCAAUUACACAUUGAGUUACUCUUAAUGAAAUAACAUUUGGUGUAGAAAUUUUAUUUUUAUAGCAAUAGAUACACAUACAUUCAUGUAAGAUAUGGGUGUGGUUAAACACCUUUCAUAGAACAUGUAUGGCCUGGAAACUUCACAGACACUGAGAUUUUUGGUCCUAUUAAUAGAGGUAGACCACUGAGACGGGAGUAGGUGACACUUCAGGUCCCCGAGGUAAACACUCUCACACUGGUCUUGUGGAUCCAAGAGAUUAACUCACUUGCUCAAGGUCACUCUGUUGGUGAGUGGUGGAGUUGGGUGAAUUUGGCCAGCUUGGCUUCAGAGAUACACGUUAACCUACAAAGGAUGUGAUUUUCAAGGUGUGUCUCAGCCCUAGGCAUAUCUGAUCACUUGGGGAACCACUGGAGGCUCACUAGAUGAGACAGACAGGUGGUACCUACAUUUUUAAAUGUCAUAUUUUUGACAAGGGAUACACUCACUCAUGAAAAAAAGUAAAAUGCACAGUGAAAAAUAUUUGUUCUCCAUAUGUCCUUUGUUUGCCCAGCUUCUUCUUUAGGUAAACACCUUUGCUUUUUGUAUAUCAUUACAUAGUGUAUUUAUGCCAAUAAUAUAUGUGCUUAGUUACCUUCUGUCUCAUCUUAAAAUUGUGUAUAAAUUUACAAAAUUUAUAAAAAGUAAAAUCUGCUCUAUUGGGUGUACAAUCCUGAGUUUUGACAAGUGCUUAGAGUCCUGCAACCACCAUUACUAUAGUCACCUCCCACCCCUGGCAACGACUGAUCUAAUCUUCAUCCCUAUUGUCUGUCUUCUUUCACUGAACACAAUGCAUUUGAAAUUCAUCCAUGUUGUGUGUCUCAAUACUUUGUUUCUUUUUAUUGUUAAGUAAUUUUCCAGCACAUGAAUGAGCCACUUUUUUUUCCCCAUUGGAGGACAUGUGGAUUGUUUUUAGUUUGGGGCUAUUAUGAAAAAAAAAACAACUGCUCUGAAUAUUUGUGUACAAAUGAUCCCUGCUCUUGGAGCGGGGUAGCUGGGUCACAUUGUAUAUGUGUAUUUAACAUUAGAAGCAAUGCCCAAACUGUUAUCAAAGUGUCUGUGUUAUUUUGAAUUCCAAUCAGUGAUGUAUGAGAGUUCUAGCUCCUUCACACACUCACUGGCACUUUCCCCCCGAUCAUUCUUAUGAGUGUUACAUCUAUCACUUUGAUUGUAGUUUGUUUCCUAAUGAUUAAUGAAUGUUGAACAUUAUUCCUGUGUCCAUUUGCCAUCCGUAUGUCUUCUUUGGUGAAAUGCCUGUUCCAAUCUUUGCCCAUUAAUUUUGCUUGCAUUGUUUUCCUUCUUCUCAUUGGAUUUGGAAAGUUCUUUAUAUUUUUUACAUAUGA